AUGAGUAAACUUGAAUUACAAGAAUAUCGUAUAGUUAAACACCAAUUUAAAAUUAACAGACAACAAUAUCUUAUUCAAGUUCUUUAUGAUGAAUUUUAUUUACCAAUACAACGUACACCAUAUGGUCGUACAUGUGUAAAGAAAUCUUAUUUAAAUAUUUUAGUUGAUAAACAUCCUUUACCGCAAUUAAUUACAGAAUAUCGACAAGUUUUAAAUGCACUUGGUCGAUGUAUUGAUCGUUUUGAACAAGUUUAA